GCUAUGUUUUGUCACACUUACAUCGUUGUAAUUAAAGCUCUUGUCGAAUACUUGGGCCUACGCUUUAGAGCGGUUUACGAAAAUUUCUCUGAUAUCGUAAAUCAAGCUGAAUUGGUCACAACUAUUGUCGAAAGGGACCUUUCACAGUACGCCGAUCAGAGUUUACCGGUGCACACGUGCAGGAACCUCUUUGUGCCUCCUAGGGCGGAAGUUCUACCUAUCGCGCAAAGGCUGAAGUAUAUUUUCAAUUGGGAAGCUUGGAUCCUAUUCGUUGUUUCGUUGUUGUCUGCAAUUACAGCUUGGUGGGUUUGUCUUGUAGAUUACGAUGGAAGAUAUGCUGCGUCAAACUUUAUUGAAGCCUUCAGUAGUAUGAUGUCGCUCCUUUUCGGCUUAGGCAUUACUAGAAUACCAAAGAAAAAAGUAGUAAAAUGCUUUUUAAUGAUCUACAUUUUUUAUUGCAUCCAUAUGCAAACUGCCCUUACCGCAAAUAUUUUUACCUUACUAUCAGUUCCUAGAUCAGAAGAGACAAUCAAAACUCCAGAGGAUUUGGUAAACUCAAAAAUGCCGAUUUGUGCAGUUGAAGGUUACCGUCCUGUACUUGUGGCCGAACCAUCUGGGAACACUAGGUAUUCAAAAAUUAAGCGCAAAAUAAUUUUUUUCCCGCUCAGGAAACCAUACCCAACAGAACGCGCCCUGGUGGGAGUAUCAAAUGCGAUCAUACGUUUACAGUAUCUAUGACCCGAUGCUCAUAAGGGAUGAAGAGCAUGUCAUCCAAAUGAGACAGGGGCAUUA